AUGAAUGUUAAAGGGACCACUAAUUGCUCCAUGAAGAAUCGGGGGCUAUGGCACAGAUGGGGUUCCCAUCUCCUUGCGAUGACCUUAUGGGUUGGCAUUGGAGUAAAGCUCCAAGUUGGGGGUGACCAGAUGAAGCCAGCCCGUGUACCUCUGAUCCCUCACCGUCCUUUUGUUGUCGUGUGGAAUGCACCUACAGAGUCCUGCCGCCUUCGAUUCAAAGUAGACCUGGACCUCAGUGUUUUUGAUAUCGUAGCAAACCUCAACGAAACCCUCAGUGGACCAAAUGUCACCAUAUUCUACCACAGCCACCUGGGAUACUACCCAUACUACUCCAACUCUGGGGUCCCCAUUAAUGGUGGCUUGCCGCAGAACCAGAGCAUCUCCAAACACCUGAGUAAGGCACGGACUGACAUUGACAAGCUUAUCCCGCACAAGGAUUUUCGAGGCUUGGGUGUCAUUGACUGGGAGAACUGGAGGCCACAGUGGGUCAGAAACUGGGGCUCCAAGGACAUAUACCGCAAUAAGUCCAAGGAACAGAUCCGGAAGCUUCACCCAAACUGGCCAGAGAGCAAGGUAGAGAAGGAAGCAAAGGAAAGUUUCGAGAGAGCUGGGCAGGACUUCAUGAACCUGACCAUAGCUCUGGCUGAGGGCCGCCGGCCAAAUGGGCUGUGGGGGUUUUACCUGUUCCCAGACUGCUACAACUAUGGGUACAAGCAGCAUCCACAACAGUACACUGGCGAAUGUCCCAACGUCGAGCACGUUCGCAAUGACCAUCUGAUGUGGCUGUGGAAGGAGAGCUCAGCCCUCUACCCAUCCAUCUAUCUUGACUAUGAGCUCAAGUCCUCCCCCAACACUGUCAAGUUUGUCCACUAUCGAGUAAAGGAAGCCAUGAGGAUUGCGUCCAUUGCCCGUACAGACUUCACAUUGCCCGUGUUUGUCUACUCCAGACCUUUCUAUGCCUACACCUUUGUGGUUCUAUCUGAAAGUGACCUGCUUCAUACCAUUGGGGAGAGCGCUGCUCUGGGAGCAUCGGGUGUCGUCCUCUGGGGAUCAUCUGAAUACUCUCGAUCACAGAGGAACUGUCUGACAGUGAAGAAGUAUAUCGACGGCCCACUGGGACAUUAUGUUAUUAAUGUCACAUCUGCUGCUAAGCUGUGCAGCAAAGCAUUGUGCAAGAAGAAUGGCAGGUGCGUCCGCAAGAGCCUCGACUCAAAUGCUUACUUGCACCUGAACCCACGCUUCUUCCACAUCCACCGCAACCUGGCGCCUAAGGGCCCCCAUUUCCACGUCAGCGGUCACCUCAACAACUAUGACAUCCUGGACAUGAAGAACAAGUUCACCUGCCAGUGCUACCAGGGCUGGACCGGGGUUCACUGCGAGAUGCCCCAGGCCCCGCCUCCUCCUCCCCCGCCUCAGCCUGCCAUCCCUCUGCCUCACCCGCACGGGAACAGCCCGCUGGGGGAUAUCUUGCUCCUCCUAUCCCUCCAUUUCUCUUGUCUGUGCAUCAUUAUUUUCCUGGGUCUCUGUCUGAUUAUUAAGUGUCUCAUUCUGUAG